GACAUUGAAUUGACGUUUAUUAAUAAAGUAAUCACUUUAAUCAGUUUCACAGUUCAACAUGUUAAGCGAUAAUAAUUGAUAUUCCCAAAAGAAAUUUAACAAAAACAAAACAUUUCCAAUGGAAUAUGUUCUUUGUUUUACUUAGCUUGUAGUGUUUCCCACACGAUAAUCAAAUGAGGGUCGGUAUUUGAUUAAUAAUGAAAAAUUUUGAUACCUAUGAUCCAAUCAAAGAUAAACAAGUUGGUUUACCUAAUGGAGAAAAUCUAAGAGCUGGAGAGUCAGAGCCUGAAGAUAAUUUUAAUACAAUAAAAACUGUAGCGAAGCAGUAUGACUUCGAUACUAAGCUGUGUUAUUCAAAUAAUUUAAGUUUAGACUGUAGAAGCCAAAGUUUACCAGACUGUAGUAAUAAUGACAGCCAGUUAAAUGUAUCUCUAGAUGAUUGUGAUUGCAGUAGACCACAGUAUGAGGAUAAUUCUCCUAGUCCUAAAAGUGACUCCUGGUUUAAGACUUUUAGAACAUGGCCAGAAAGAUAUGAAAAAUUAAAAAAUGUAGAAACAAGCCCUAAUUCCUCUGCAACAAAAUCAGAAAAUACUCAUGAAAGCUCUCAUUGUGAUCUUAUUGAUAACUCAAAUUUAAAAAAUAAACUCUCAUUUAAUGAAGCUUUACAAAACAUAUCAUUAGCUUAUAGUCCAAUAACAAAACAGUUACAUUUAGUUGACAAUCCUAAGAUUUGUGAGACUGAUUGUAAUAAUGACAAACAUUUCAGCAAUACUGAAGACAGUACAGCAAAGAAGUUGGGACAUAGAAGGACUGAAGCUGGAUCUUUUUCUAGCACUAUCUCCAGCUGGAGUGCUAUUAGUGAUCCUUCAACCUCUGGGAGCUUGAUAGGCUCUGAAGAUAGAUCUGUGUCUAGUUUUGAUAUCACCAAUUAUAAACCAAGGAGGAAAAGUCUCACUAGUUUCUUCUCCAAACAUGUAUUUACAUGGAAAGGUACAUCAAACGAACCUGUUAUUAGUGGCAGUGUGUGGAAGAUAUUCAGCAAACAACCCAGUCAAAGUGUUCAUGUGUCCCCUGUGCAUGGGGUAGCAAGUUCCUCUGCUUUAAUUCAGCAUGAGAGACCUUCAAACUUACCAGCGAAAUCUCAAGAUGAAGAACAAAGGCACAAAGAUGAAUAUAAGGCCAUAUUGGUGGCUGCUAAAAAGAAAGAGGCUCAAACAUCAGCUGCCAAACAGAAACAACAGAAGUUACAAUUAAAAGUCGAAGAACAACAAGCUACUGCUACCAAGCACUUUACCCAAAAUGUCCUUCCAAACUGGAAUACAAUGCGUUCAAAUAAGAAAACUCUUGAUCUCUGGUGGCAAGGAAUUCCUUCUAGUGUCAGAGGAAAGGUAUGGAGGCUAGCUAUAGGCAAUGAACUGAAUCUCACUCCUCAACUUUACGAUAUUUGCCUUAAUAGAGCCCAAACUCGUCUCAAUAAUACUGAUGGAAUCCAGUGUGACUCUGAAGGAGAUCAAGAAAGUAGUAUGGAUGUUAUACAGCUAGAUAUUUCAAGAACUUUUCCACAUCUGGGAAUAUUUCAAGAAGGAGGACCUUAUUCUGAAGCUUUACAUUCACUUUUAGCAGCAUAUGUGUGUUACAGGCCCGACGUUGGAUAUGUCCAAGGAAUGUCAUACAUAGCAGCGAUUUUAAUUCUUAAUAUGGAGCCCUGCGAUGCUUUUAUAUGUUUCUCAAACUUACUUAAUCAGCCGCUCCAUCUUUCGGCAUUUACUCUGAACCAAAGUAGAAUGCAAACAUACUACAAUGCCUAUGACCAAAUUUUUAGUUAUAAUUUACCAAAACUUCAUGCUCAUUUCACCAACUCUGGACUGACGCCCGAUUUGUAUUUGCUGGACUGGAUAUACACGAUAUACGCAAAGGCUAUGCCCUUGGAUAUUGCUUGUAGAGUGUGGGACGUUUUCCUUCGUGAUGGCUAUGAAUUUAUUUUUAGGACUGCUCUAGGAAUACUUUACUUGCACCAAGACGUUUUGAUGCAUAUGGACUUUCUACAAGGAGCACAGUUUCUUACUCAUUUACCAGAAGAUAUAUCGGCAGAUUCUCUCUUUAAAAGUAUACAGUUAGUUAACACCACGAUAGGCAAACAAACUUUUAGUCAAAUUGUCGAUAAGUGUAAGUUUAGUUAGUAUAUAUUUAAAAUAUUUGAUUUCUUCUGGAGGAUGCGUUUUGAUAAAAACUUUAUAACGUACAGUGCAUUGUAAAAUCAGAUCAUUUAGUUCUUUUCAAAUUUUGUGAUAUUUGUAUAAUAGACUUUGUCGAAGAAAAGGUGUAUCCUUGUUUUGAUAUCUUUAACACAAGUGUUGAGAUACAAAAUGUAGACUUUCUUUUUUUUUGAACGGAUAACAUACUGCCAAUGGACGGACGUGCUUGUAUACAUGUUUACACGAUUUAUACGAGAUUUUAUACGGAACGGUAGCACCUCACCUUAAAGCACUAGCGUUUCUCUUAUAACGGGCCGGUAUCCGUCGAGCCGAGGAGAACAGGUGUGCAUCCGUCGACGAUUGAUCACCGGACGGGUAUCCGGUGCAUUUACUAAUCUUGAUUAUAAGUUAAGCAACACUGAGUUCAUUAUAAAAAUGGUACGUAGAUCUAGAAGAAAAAGGAGUUUAUUUUGUGUGAUUAUUUAUCACGAAUAUUGAUAAUACCACAAAUAUAAACAAACGAGGACUUCUUUUAGAGAAGCAAGUUCUGAAGAUAUACGUGCAUAGUCCCAAAGACGUAUUGGUGUGGAAGUGGAGGUUCCGGAAGGGCUGUUGAAGACUCCACAGAGAGAAUCGCAUGCUCGACGUAGCAAAAAUUGACUCUAACUCGGCAACUUUAACUUAGAAAGUGUAGGAUGAAUUUAUAUAUUACUUUGGUACAACAACCUGUUGGUAACACGUUUAUUUAGCAAUUUUUUAUAUUUUUUUAUUUUUCCAUUUCAAUAUAAGUACUCUCUUUCUGCAUGCUUGCCCCGCGCUCCGUGCGAAGUUUCUACUGUCGAUCAUCUUCUGACAGGCUGUUGAGUAGUUGCACUGAUUUUUGUUUUACGUCCUCUAACUUGUGGCGAGUUUCUUUCAAGUAGAAUUUGAUUUUUGGAAAAAGGUAAAAAUCUCUAGAGUGCUAAAUCUGGUGAAUAGGGCAGGGGUUAUAUGACUGUAACGUGGUUUUUGACCAAAUAGUCUUUACCAGAGUGCGCUUUGUCACAUUUCGUGUAUCUGUUUGCAAAUUUUUUCCCGGAGUCAUCGUAAAACGUUUAAAUAGUAAUAUUAAUUAACUGUAUAGCUUUGUGGCAGACAUUCCAUGUGAAUUACACCUUGUCUAUUUAAGAAAAUAAUUCAUAUCGCCUUGAAUAUGUACUGCCCUUCCUAGCUAUUUGGAUUCUCGAAGAGUUUGGAGUCUCUCACUAUAUGUAUUGAAAAAUCUAUGCUUCGUCCCAAGUUAUGACACUUGACAAGAAGUUUAAGUCCUGUUCGAUGCUUCCCAGGGUGUCAGAAUAAAUUUCAUUACUAUGCAUCUUCUAUUCCGUCAUUAGGUGACUGGUUACAAGCUUGGCAUAGACUUUCCUCAAGCUUAAUUUGUCUCACAGUUUCUUUAUUAAUGUUCACAUAUCCAGCAAUGAUUCCAAUACUUAAUUGGCGGUGUGUUCAGAACUAUUUCUGUCAUUUUUGAACUUUCAAUUCACUUUUAGAAGUCACAAGCCGCCCGGAAUGUUCGUCAGCAACUCGGCAAGUCUUCAAAAAACAAAAGUUUAUUGCUUUGGACAGCUUUAAAACCAAACUAAUUGUUGUUUUUGCUGAAAUUGUGACAUAUGUCAGUACCGUAAGUCUAAUGUAGCGCCGUUUAUCGAAGGCUAGAUUAAUACCAAUCCAACCUCUUAUUCUUUUUACAAUAAGUAAUAAUCUCUGUCGGUCAGAUAGCCAAGCGGGCUAGGCGGCCGAUUCUCAUUCGCUUCACUGUCGAAUGGUUCAGUGGAUGUGGGUUCGCGCCCCAGCUCAGUGUACAGAAAAAUAAAAAGGCUAACGCAGCAGUUUAAAAUUCUAGAUGAAUCUGCGGCUUAGACUAGAAUAUGCUGGUGUCUGAUCGGCCUAUGGUGGAGCAGUACAGCAAGAGAUAAGGGCUUGCGGCUCGGUGAUACCUCUCCAUAGAUCCCUACCGGAAGGGCGUGCCGCCUAAAUACCGGUGUAUGUAUGUAUAAUAAUCUCUGUUUGCAACAAUAUCAACUAUGGUGCAAUAUAUUAAUGAAAUUUUGAUUGUAUAAGCAGAAAAACUGAAAAUUUCUGUUUGACACCGACAAAUUUUAGCUCAUUUACUGAAUACUCCGUUUAAGAUUGGCUUUAAAUUAAAGUAAGGGUCCAAAAAAAUGCACUCAUUGUUUUUUUACGGUUAAGAUAUUAAUUGUUUACAAGAUUUAACGAUGCACUGUAUUUAAAAAAUGUCUAAAACUUGAGAACUGAUAUGUUAGAUCUAACGAAGAAAUUAUUAGGUAUGUUAUCUAAUGUAAUAGAAUAGUGUUACUCAGAUCCGGACUCUCGUGAAUUUUUUAACUAGUAGGUGCUUUAAGUUUUAAUAUUUCCGAGGCGUUUUAUGUUUUUUUUUCCAUGCCUUAUAUUGGUGUUAAAACUAUAAUAUUCUGAAACUGUUUUAAAUAAAAGACAUAGAACAUG